AUGUCCUUCGAGCUACCGUUGGGUCUUUCUUCCUUUCGAGUGUCAGCUUCUCUUAUCACAGAUGUCGAGGUAAACGGAUUGCCCAGACUUCCUUCUUCCGUGGCAUGCUAUGCUCGUCUUCGUUCUCUUCGAGCUUUAUGUCAUCCCAAUUUAUGCCGAUACCUGGAUGCCACUCGACGAAAACCGGAACGACUUUUUGUGAUCACAGAGGCUUACAGCCGAAAUGUGGCUGACAUCAACGGGCCUGUGUCCGACUCACUAUGGCUAUCCCUCCGUUUGUCUGAGUGUUUCUCGGCUCUGCAUUAUCUAGGACAACAUGGUUUGGUGCAUUCUUGUCUAAACCCGUCUUAUAUCAUGCUGGAUCAAAACGGCUGUUGUAAACUUUCUUCGUAUGGUUUGUACUACAUCACUGGUUGGGGAAGAGAGGUGGAUUUCCCAGUUGCGGACCCAAUUUAUUCGGCACCUGAAGUUUUCUGCUUCUCUCCAAUACUUCAAAAGGCCGAAAGUGGUGGAUUAUCGUCUAAUUCAGAGUCUGUAUCAAUGGAAGCCUUCAGUCAUUGUCCCUUAAACACUUCGUCCGAUGUGUGGUCUCUUGGGUUGAUUUUCUUGGAAUUAAUUCAUGGUCGCCAGAUUACCACUUCUCUUCGCCGACCAAGCAAGUGCGGAUCACUUACUUCCAAACCAUUUACUACAAUUCGAGUACUUAUUGAAGGUUUACGUUUUUGUAAUGAAAAAAACUCCCGGCUCUCAGAUUUUCUUCAUUUUUUGUCGUUGGACUCGUCUGCUGAAGAAAGGCUUCGAAGUCUUGAACUUUUGUGUCAGGAUUGUUUGCAUUUCGAUGCCCGGUUGCGACCGAAACCCGAUAAAGUUAUUGAACAACUAGAUCUAAUUGUGUCUCAGCAUCGGAACGCUACUUACCCGGAACAUGUUCCGGAUAUCGCUUCGGUCGAGUUGUCUAUGUCAGUAGACGAUCAGCGGCGAUCGGAACCGUCGAAUACGCUUGUACCAGAGACAGUACCGAAUGUUUCAACCUUCUCGAAAGCAAUCAACUUUCUCACUAACCGUUGUGAUAUGGCUGAGAUUUACCACUACUGGUGCUUAGCCGGUGGUAACUUGGAUGUGGUUUGGAAGGAAGCCGAACUGUGCAGCAAACAACGCCUGGUACAGUUAUCAACUCCUACGAUGCGUUCGAUUGAUUCAUAUCCAUCAAAGAGCAAACCAUGGAACCGUCCACCCGUGUUGCGAAUACCUCACUACUUGGCAUUAAUGCGCAAUGAGCUUUCAAGUGUUUUCUAUCUCACCGAAAACUGGCCUAGUUCUUUUGACGACGAACGCAUCAGCUUCGAUCCCCGCAUAGUUCUUUUACCCUAUCAACGGCUGUUGGAGCGCAUACAGCGCAUCCCGCUGGAUAUCCUCUACCCACUUUUACUACCCAUCACACGCUCUCUGAUACCAAUCGAGUACAACGAGAAGAAUGGCAAGACAAACAACAACAACUCGCCUACAUCCGUGACUGUUCCGCACGAAAUUCACCCCUGUACUGCUACGGGUUCAGAAUUGGUCUUGCAGACACGUAUCACUCAAAUGUUGUUCGACACAAAACCCCUCCCACGGGAUGUGGGCAUGGAAACGCUCAUCCAUACUGUCCAAACAGAUCCGAUGUGUGGGCAACCGGUGACAAUCAAAGAACGGGAUGUGGAAUAUCAAGUUCGACGGGUUUGUCUGUUCAAUCGACUAUUGAACGCGCUACCCGCUACCAAGGUUCGUUUGCGGCUUGAGGUGCGCACGGAUAUUCCACCAUUUCUGCGUGCACGGAUUUGGUCAGCCCUUUUGGGUGUGGACUCCGAUCACACCUACCGGGAACGUUAUGCGAGAGCUUUAUGCAGCACAACAGUUCAUCCCGCCAAUAAAACGGCAAAAAGUGAGGUUAAAAGUUCGCACGAAUCGAACAACCAUUCGUCAAGUCAAAAUUCGGACACCAUAUACGGUCUGUUGGAUGAAAAGGCUGCAAACCAAAUCUCGGUUGACUUGCCUCGAUGUCAUGCCUAUGAUGCGCUUUUGGCCUCACCCAUGGGGCAAGCAAGUUUGAGACGAGUUCUGGUCGCCACAUUGUUGAUGCAUCCGGGCACCUUGGAAUAUACACAAGGUAUGGACUCUGUGGCCGCUGUGUUUGUCCGUUUGUGUUUCCCUGACGAAGCCCUCGCAGCAGCCUGUUUGAAUGCUCUGUUGCGCACCAAGCUGUCCACUUUCUUCUCAUCGGAUGGAUUUACCCAUGGUUUGAAACAGUUCUUUGAUGUACUACUUCGCCUAUUCGCUUUUCAUAACCCCAGUCUGGCCGUCAGUUUAACGGACUUGAACGUGCCGUUAGUUGGUUUGACCACCGGUUGGAUUUACACACUUUUCGCGCAUGCCAUGCCCUUGGAUCGAGUCGAACUGAUGUGGGACACAUUGAUUGUUGGUCCACCCUCAUUGUCCAUAUUUUUCUAUCUGGCUAUCUUUCUGCAACUAGAUCAGCAAGUGAAUUUUGAAGCCCUGGGAUUAGAACAAAUCUGUACAAUCCUGUCCAAUUUUCCGGAAAUCGAUUUGGACAAGUGUCGCGCUGAUGCCCUGCGCUACGCAUUGGCAACUCCGGUCAGUUUGACACGAAGUAGUAGCUGGUCCCCCGCCAUCGGAACAAACUUAACCGUAACAAAUUAUGCCGGCAGAGAUGCGAGGAUAUCUCGGUUAUCUACAAACGAUUCGAGCUCGGGGGCUAACCGGCGUUCGAUUGAAUUAGCAGAAUCUUUGCAGGAGCAUACAAAAGAUUUUGCGACCUCUGCUUUCUAUGCGCGACUUUGUUCUCCGGAUGCCUGGCCUGAGCAUUUGGAAUGUAUCCAAACUCAUUCAGAAUCGAAAUCAGCGGGUCAACCAUUGACUUGGAUGUUUGAUGACCCAUUGGUUUCUCUGUUGGAUGUGACAGACGCUUUGGAACACCUGAUUCGUCCUGACUGUGUAGUGAUCGACGUACGGCCGAAGGCUGAUUAUGUUAAUUUUAACGGCCCAGUUAGUGCACCUUACAUCCGGUUUGACACAUGUGCGGUGUACGGGUUACUGGGUUGUUGGGUGUGUAUCGUUACCUUCACAAAUCUGACUGCUCGAACACUGGUUCACACUGCAAUAUGUUCUGAUCUACUUGUCCUGGCUGAUUUCCGUGCCGGGGACUAG